ACAAAAAAAAACCCUAAUUUCCCACUGCUUCCGCAAUUCCAACUUGAUAAAAUCAAUUCCGUCGCCAUGGACGCUGGUUCUUCAUCAUCCGAGGACACUGGUUCUUCAUCAUCCGAGGAGAAGCAAAGGAUAUGUGCUAUUCUGAAUAUGGACAGCGAUUAUUAUGCCGUCUACAUAAUUGAUAUAGUCUCGGAGGAUGGUGCCGCCGACGACGACGCAAUAGUCGAUUUAAAUCGCGUCGACACCUACCGCUUCGCCAGGCAAUUUGUAGAGAGGGAUCCAAAUUUCUUCAUUCAAGAUUUCACCGAGACUGAUGGUUUAUGUGCGUUGGGUUCAACAAUCUUCAUGUUUGAAGGCGUAGAUUAUCGGCGGAUCAAAGUCGACACUCUAUACCGCAGUAUGGGCAUAUACAGCUUCCCGUUGCCGGCCGAGCACAUGGUGAGGACAGCGGGGACAGAACCAAUACCUUGUUACCAUAAAAAUUUUGGUGGUGUGAGGUUCGGUCUGGAUUUAGCUUCUGCGAAUCAAAAAUGGGAAUUAUUUGGUGUUCACUUAUCUCUUCCUUGUAAUUAUCAGCAUUUCAUAACUGAAGAUAUGCUGGUGUUGUCUUCGUACGGAGUUCAUCCGGUUGGAUAUGAAUAUGAAUCCUCUGCAAUAAUUCAUUUUCCACUAUGCUCGUUUGUUUCUCCACAACUUGAAAGGAAGACUUCCUCUAUCAUGCUACUUGACAAGGAAUGUGUUGCUUGUAUUGUUCAAGUAGGCAAGGAUGAUUCCGAAAGGCCAUUCUGGACUAUGGAUGUGGUAGAGCUCAAUCACAGGCCCUACAACUAUGAUGGGCAAUUUGCUAGGCGCUUCAAGUCUUUUAAAUUUGCUUUUUUGUGUAAUUCUGAUAGUUCAUGUAUUGCGGGCUUGUUUGCCUUCUAGAAACUUGUGUUUUAGAUCUAGUAAGAAUGUAAUGUUGAAUUCAAAACUUGAGAUAUAUUAUUAUUGUAAACAUUUGGUUAUUAUUUUCCAA